AUGGAAGUAAAAGGCGUUGCAGACAUUAUUAUAAGGCCAAGGCAGUUUAUUGUUAUGAGUUCAUUAAGUAAAACCCUUCCCCGGGACAUUUCACAGAAUAGGGGGCCUGGCACCUUUGACAUGGACGACCGCACUGCCUUGAUCCCUGCUAAAGAGUUUGACCCGUGCAAAAAGCGUAAAAUAGCUGCAGUGUGGAUAGCAAUCGUUGUGUUUGGUGCAUUGAUGUCUCAGGCACCGAGCCCUUGGAUUAGAUAG